UAUGUAUUGUGUAUGGUGUAUUAAAUAUAAAUUUUGCAAGAUUAAAUGUAUAUUAGUAUUAUAUACAUAUAUUAUAUAUACAUUAUUCUUCACUGAACAGUUAAAAUAUGCUUUUUUGCCUCGGAAAAUUAUACAUUUUUUCUCUCUCAUAACUUUCUAUUAUUUUAUUAAUCGACAUCGCAUUAUCCUGCGCUUUUUACUAAAGCAAUAAUAUAUUAAUAACAAAAAAGAAACACAUUAAAUUUGAAGCUAAAAUUAUUCAUUGCUUCAUAUUUUCUCAUGAAGAA